GCGCCUCAUCAGACCCGCCAAGCUUAGCGAACCUUCGCGACCGCCUUCCUACCCGACGGCUCUCUUCGAGUUGGCAGCCGCGUGGACGCGAACCGGGCGCGGACACGCCGUAAGCUCCAUCCCACGGCGCCGCCAUGGCGCCGCCUUCAUUGCCGACGGGCGGCGAUGUUCUGAUCCUGAACGGCCUGCCCGCGAACUUCACGAUUGGCUGCGAUAGCGUGUCUUUCUCGGCCCAGAAGCCCUUCCCCGGCUUCCGGGAGAUCCCCCCGGGGGCGCAUCUCAUCUGGGUGUCUCCCUCGGAACUCACCUCUUCACGGAGCGGGUACUGGAUCUUUACCCCCGAGCGGAAGGACGGCGAGGAACUGCAGGUUUACGUCAAGCAGUGGGACAAGGCCAACGAGAUCCUGACCGUCCCCAGCGAGGCCGAGCAGCAGCUCCAGAAGCAGAGACUCGGGCAGAUCUACAACAGUCUCGUGCCUUACCGCUUCUUCAUCUCUUCGUCAGGGGCAUCCCCCAUCCCGUCAAAUCCCGCGCCGGCCGGCCGGCCCCCGCCACCGCUGGACAACGCAACCCUCUGGUCCCAGCUCACAUCGGCGAUCGACGCCGGCCUCCUCGCCCGGGUCGCGGGCGCGACGGCGGGCCGGGAUUUGCCGGUCAGCACGAUGGACCGGGUCGAGGGGCGCGCGGCGUCGGCCGAGGAGGCGGCGCUGUACGCCGGCAGCGGGGCGUCGGAGCUGCGCUUCAGCUUCCCCUCGGGGUCGCCCCUCGUCAGCGCGGCCGCGACCGGCGAGGCGCGCACGCGGCAAGCGCUCGACGCGACGGGCUUCGUGCUCGAGACUCUGGCGCGGCGCGACGACGACGACGACGACGACGGCGCAGGCCUCGAAGGCGAGCUGGCCCUCGCCUUCCUGACCGGCGCGCACCUCGGCAACCACGCGUGCCUCGACCAGUGGUGGUUCGCGGCGACGCGCGUCGCGCUGCGCAGCUACGGCCUGGCCGCGGCGCGCCCGGCGCUCGCCGCGCGCCUCCUCCGCGCCCUCCGCGCCCAGCUCGCGUACUGCGAGCGCCGGCUCGCGGGCGGCCUCGACGCGCUCCUCGACGCGAUGCCGGCCGGCGCGCCGACGGCCCUGCGCCGCGCGCUCGCCGCGUACGGCGCGCGCCUCGCCGAAGAAGAGGGCGCGGCGGCCGAGCCCCGCGCCGCCUUCGCCGAGCUCGCCGCCUGGGCCCGCGGCGCCCGCGGCUGGGACCUGCGCGACGGCGGCGCCGGCGCCCGCCGCGCGCUGCGCUUCGGGGGCGCGACGCUCGACGACGGCGAGGUCCUGCAAGGCGCCGACCCCCGCGACGUCGACGACGGCGAGGACGACCGCGGCGAGUUCGCGCCCGCGGUCGUCGAGCUCGACGAGCGCGGCCGCGAGGUCGGCCUCGUGUCUUGGGCGGAUGACGGCUCGGAUGGGGGGAGGCAAUAA